AGCGAACGUUUUCGCCGGUGUUCGUUCUUCGGUGCCAGGGUCUGAGGUACUUGACUUUCAGUCGUUCUCGUGUUCGUACUGCUGCUGUCGUUGUCUUGUCUCACCGCAACAAGGAAACUUUCAUCAAAAUGGCACCAAAGGAAGUAAUCAAGGUUCUGGUCACCGGAGCUGCCGGACAGAUCGGCUACUCCCUCCUGUACAUGGUUGCCAACGGCGACAUAUUCGGCCAUGACCAGCCCCUGGACCUGGUAAUGCUCGACAUUGAACCAAUGAUGGGCGUCCUUGAGGGUGUUGCCAUGGAGCUCAACGACUGCGCUUUCACAACACUGAGGAGCGUGGUUGCGACGGCCGACGAGAAGACUGGCUUCUCCGGCAUCGACGCAGCCCUCCUUGUUGGCGCGAUGCCAAGAAAGGCUGGCAUGGAGAGGAAGGACCUGCUCGCUGCCAAUGUGCGCAUCUUCAAGAGCCAGGGCAAGGCACUCGACCAGUUCGCGAAGAAGACCGUCAAGGUGAUUGUCGUAGGAAACCCAGCCAACACCAAUGCUGGCAUCGCUGCCAAGUAUGCACCCUCUAUUCCAACUCGCAACUUCUCUGCCAUGACCAGGCUUGAUCAGAACAGAGCCCAGCAUCAGAUUGCGGCCAAGUGCGGUGUUACGAUCCAGGAUGUGUCCGGUGUCAUUGUCUGGGGUAACCACUCCUCCACCCAGUUCCCAGACGUGUCUCACGCGAAGGUUAACAAGGGCGGAAAGUCGCUGGCUGUCUAUGCCGCGUGCAACGACGAUGCCUGGCUGAAGGGUGACUUCAUCAAGACUGUACAGUCGAGGGGCGCCGCCGUCAUCGCGGCGCGCAAGCUGAGCAGCGCCAUGUCGGCGGCGAAGGCGUGCGCCGACCACAUGCGCGACUGGUUCCAGGGCACGAAGCAUGGCCACCACGUGUCGAUGGCCGUGCCGUCGGACGGUUCCUACGGCGUGCCCGCGGGUCUCAUCUACAGCUUCCCCGUCACCAUCGAGAACAGGGAGUGGAAGAUCGUGCAGGGACUCGAGAUCAAUGACUUUGGAAGGGAGAAGAUGAAGGUGACCGCUGAUGAGCUGGCCCAGGAGAGAGCCGACGCCCUCGCCGUCUGCCAGGAGUAGGUGGCGCCAUCUGCAGUCACGCUCACAGCAGCAGCAGCUACACGUCAAAUAGGCUCGCCCACGGUGCAUCAUGCGUCUGCGUCUCUCACACUUAUUUCUGUUCGGUUGUACUGCCCAACGACGUUCUCGUGGUAGUUUUCUUGUUCGUUAGUUCUCUUCGUCUCAAAAAUCAUGUGCUGGGUUCGGUUCGCGAAUCUUGUUCUCCAUAGUUCUACUCACUAGAUAUGGUCGUAGAUGGCGGACUGCAUGCGGUGAGUGGUGCGGGUUAGCUAGAGGAUGAUUACGUGUUUUUCGUUUUAAUGUAGUCGUCGCCGUCGUCGUCGUAACCGCACGCGCGCGCGCGUACGUAGCUACCAGUGAUCGUUAUCGUGUUUACUGCACAUUAAAUUAGUGAAAGCAGGUUCGUAGAUAGAUACAGCGUGUAAUUCUGUUCGCGAUCGGGGCGAGAAAGAUGCUCAAAGGGCUUCCACGCCUUCUCUUCCUCGGCAACAGAUGCGUGCACCCCCACACACGUUUGAGUCGCGUUGCCGAGCUAUAAAUGUCGCUAGGGAGAGCAUUCUAUUACUAGCCAGCUGAUCCAGUAUUUAUAGUCACAGCUGCGAGAGCAGUCGAAAUGUCAGCCAUCCUAAAAUAAAAUCUUGUUCAGCAGACAGCAUGAGUGAAGACGAAAAACUGCUCAACAUGUGUGUCGAUUAAUUGAACUCUGCAGGCUGAAUCUUGAAAACGUUUAGUAUAUAUUUUCGUAGAGUUAUUAUUUGACAGCGUAAGUAACAUUCCUAGAAGAAAUGUACCUCAAGCCAUUUUCUAGAAAUCUUUUCCACGUGUGUAAUGUUAAUCUCUGCCUAUGAUAAAUCUUGUCCCAGUUGAGAUCUAACAGUCAUUGUAAAUGUACCUGCAUAAUUUCUAGAUUGCUGGCAAGUAUGGCAAUAACUGGAGAAGUGUACGUGCUAACUGUGCCAGUCAUGAAUGGUCCCCGGUAUCAACUCUAAUAGCUGUGAUAAUCAAUUUUACUAGUCCCCCGAAAUGGUCAAGGUUGCAGACUUUCUCAUUUUAGUUGAACUUUGAGUGGAAUAGAGCUCUCCUAUAUUAGUGAGGCAGCAGGCACUUGUAACGUUAAUACAUCGUGGAGUGUUGGCAGUCGGAAGAACGAAGUUCCACAUGAAACAUGCGUGGAUUGUGGCAGAAGUGAUAAGAAGUCUGUUAUCCAGCGAGCAUGGUUCUCUUGGAAUACGUUUUGUCAUCUGUAUCAUUCCAGCACCCAGCACUGUUGUUGUGGAUUAUAUUGAGUAAGCACGUAAAAAUUCAAUGGCGUAAUAAAGAUUGGCAGUAGCAGAAACA